UAAGUUAAGCAUUUAUUCCACUGGGAUAGAAGCGGCAGGAGCAGCGUUGGCAUCGACGAACCAUGGCUGGGAUUUUUUAUUUUGUCCUCUUUUCGUUUCUCUUUGGGAUUUGCGACGCUGUCACCGGUUCCAGGGUGUAUCCCGCGAAUGAAGUUACCUUAUUGGAUUCCAGAUCUGUUCAGGGAGAACUUGGGUGGAUAGCCAGCCCUCUGGAAGGAGGGUGGGAGGAAGUGAGUAUUAUGGAUGAAAAAAAUACACCAAUCCGAACCUACCAAGUCUGCAACGUGAUGGAGCCCAGCCAGAAUAACUGGCUGCGAACUGAUUGGAUCACACGGGAAGGGGCUCAGAGGGUGUACAUCGAGAUCAAGUUCACCUUGAGGGACUGCAACAGUCUUCCAGGUGUCAUGGGCACUUGCAAGGAGACGUUUAACCUGUACUACUAUGAAUCAGACAAUGACAAAGAGCGUUUUAUCCGAGAGAGCCAGUUUGCCAAAAUUGACACCAUCGCAGCCGACGAGAGCUUCACCCAAGUAGACAUUGGCGACCGAAUCAUGAAGCUAAACACGGAGAUCCGGGAUGUGGGGCCGUUGAGCAAAAAGGGGUUCUAUCUGGCGUUUCAGGAUGUGGGGGCCUGCAUCGCCUUGGUAUCGGUCCGCGUGUUCUACAAGAAGUGUCCGCUCACCGUUCGCAAUCUGGCCCAGUUUCCGGACACCGUCACAGGCGCUGAUACUUCUUCCCUGGUGGAAGUUCGAGGCUCCUGUGUCAACAACUCUGAAGAGAAGGAUGUGCCAAAAAUGUACUGCGGGGCAGAUGGUGAAUGGCUGGUACCCAUUGGCAACUGCCUAUGCAAUGCCGGGCAUGAAGAGCGGAAUGGAGAAUGCCAAGCUUGCAAAAUCGGAUAUUACAAGGCCCUCUCCACGGAUGCUGCCUGUGCUAAGUGCCCACCACACAGCUACUCUGUCUGGGAAGGUGCAACGUCGUGUACCUGUGACCGAGGCUUCUUCAGAGCGGACAACGAUGCUGCCUCCAUGCCCUGCACCCGCCCACCAUCUGCUCCUCUCAACUUGAUUUCAAAUGUCAAUGAGACUUCUGUGAACCUGGAAUGGAGCAGUCCUCAGAACACGGGUGGCCGCCAGGACAUUUCCUACAAUGUCGUGUGCAAGAAGUGUGGAGCAGGUGACUCCAGCAAGUGCCGACCAUGUGGAAGUGGGGUCCACUACACCCCACAGCAGAACGGCCUGAAGACCACCAAGGUCUCCAUCACUGACCUCCUGGCUCAUACCAACUACACGUUUGAAAUCUGGGCAGUGAAUGGUGUGUCCAAGUAUAACCCUAGCCCAGACCAAUCCGUGUCCGUCACUGUGACCACCAACCAAGCAGCACCUUCAUCCAUUGCUUUGGUCCAGGCUAAAGAAGUUACGAGAUACAGUGUCGCUCUGGCUUGGCUGGAACCAGAUCGGCCCAAUGGGGUGAUUUUGGAGUAUGAAGUCAAGUAUUAUGAGAAGGAUCAGAAUGAACGAAGCUAUCGGAUCGUCAGGACGGCCGCCAGGAACACAGAUAUCAAGGGCCUGAACCCUCUGACUUCCUAUGUUUUCCAUGUCCGAGCCAGGACAGCAGCUGGCUAUGGAGAUUUCAGCGAGCCCCUGGAAGUCACAACCAACACAGUGCCUUCCAGGAUCAUCGGAGACGGGGCCAACUCCACUGUCCUGCUGGUCUCCGUCUCGGGCAGCGUGGUCCUGGUGGUUAUUCUCAUCGCAGCUUUUGUCAUCAGCAGGAGACGGAGUAAAUACAGUAAAGCAAAACAAGAAGCAGAUGAAGAGAAACAUUUGAACCAAGGUGUUAGAACUUACGUGGAUCCCUUUACGUAUGAAGAUCCCAAUCAAGCAGUUCGAGAAUUUGCCAAAGAAAUCGACGCAUCCUGCAUUAAGAUUGAAAAAGUCAUAGGAGUUGGUGAAUUUGGCGAAGUAUGCAGUGGGCGUCUCAAAGUGCCUGGCAAAAGAGAAAUCUAUGUGGCUAUCAAGACACUGAAAGCUGGAUAUACAGACAAGCAGAGAAGGGACUUCUUAAGCGAGGCCAGCAUCAUGGGACAGUUUGAUCACCCGAAUAUCAUUCACUUGGAAGGAGUUGUCACCAAAUGUAAACCAGUAAUGAUCAUAACAGAGUACAUGGAGAAUGGCUCCUUGGAUGCAUUCCUCAGGAAGAAUGAUGGCAGAUUUACGGUCAUUCAGCUGGUGGGCAUGCUUCGUGGCAUUGGGUCUGGGAUGAAGUAUUUAUCUGAUAUGAGCUAUGUCCAUCGAGACCUGGCUGCACGGAAUAUUCUGGUCAAUAGCAACUUGGUUUGCAAAGUAUCUGAUUUUGGCAUGUCCCGAGUGCUAGAGGACGAUCCAGAAGCAGCAUAUACCACCAGGGGUGGCAAGAUUCCUAUCCGGUGGACUGCACCAGAAGCAAUUGCCUAUCGUAAAUUCACAUCUGCAAGUGAUGUAUGGAGCUACGGGAUCGUUAUGUGGGAAGUGAUGUCCUAUGGAGAGAGACCUUAUUGGGACAUGUCCAAUCAAGAUGUGAUUAAAGCCAUCGAGGAAGGCUAUCGGCUGCCCCCUCCAAUGGACUGUCCCAUCGCGCUCCACCAGCUGAUGCUAGACUGCUGGCAGAAGGAGAGGAGCGACAGGCCAAAAUUCGGGCAGAUUGUCAACAUGUUGGACAAACUCAUCCGCAAUCCCAACAGCUUGAAGAGGACAGGGACCGAGAGCUCCAGACCUAACACUGCCUUGCUGGAUCCGAGUUCCCCCGAGUUCUCCGCCGUGGUAUCAGUAGGCGAUUGGCUCCAAGCCAUUAAAAUGGACCGGUAUAAGGAUAACUUCACUGCUGCUGGUUAUACCACGCUAGAGGCUGUGGUGCACAUGAACCAGGAGUAAGUACUCAGCGAUGUAACACAAAGGUGACCUGGCCAGGAUUGGCAUCACGGCUGUCACACACCAGAAUAAGGUCUUGAGCAGCGUCCAGGCAAUGAGAACCCAAAUGCAGCAGAUACACGGCAGAAUGGUUCCAGUCUGAGCCAGUAUUGAAUAAACUCAAAACUCUUGAAAUUAGUUUACCUCAUCCAUGCACUUUAAUUGAAGAACUGCACUUUUUUUACUUCGUCUUCGCCCUCUGAAAUUAAAGGAAAAAAAAAAAUCUGCAGCGUUGCUUGGUGUACAGAUUGCUGAAACCGUGGGGCUUACAGAAAUGACAACCGUCAUUUGAAUUAGACUUGGAACAAAUUGUUUCUCAGAAGUACAUCCGUCCAUCACUAAUCUGUAAAAUACAUGUACCUAUAUAAAUAGACCACCGCCUCCAAGUUUCAACGCCGUAUUUGCUGCCAGACGCUGAGCUUCUCUGAGACAUCCUCGAUCGUCUCUUCAUUUGGAAUUACAACCGUAGUAUUUUGUUUGUGGCAUAAACUACAGUCCAUCCUUCUUUCACUGGAAUGAAGACCAUGCCCAGGACCAUUUUUUGAAAGGACCCGGUUGUAACUUUUAAGGCUUGGUUCGUACAAUGGAUAAAACCUAAGUGAACGUCAUGUGAUUCGUCAAUGUUGCUGCCCUGUGCUCCGGCCACCUGGUGGAUUAUGAUGACAUGAGGGGCUGGAGAGAGGAGGAAAGUGGAUUUUAAAAUAAUAAUAGUAAUAAUAAAUCCCAACACCAUACCCCCUUCCUGGGCAAAUCAGGGGCUUUGGGCCCAAGGCUGUGCCAUAUAAGUCUUAUUUGGGAACUCUACAAACUUCUCGUAACUACCUUAUGGAUAGUGGAUUGUGACAAUCUUGUGUAGGGAACUUUCAUACUUUCCUCCUUUAAAGAAGCAAGCCCAAAUCUACAAGGGAGUAGAUUCUGCUAUCUUGGCCUCACAGCCCUUCCUGUUGAAGCCCACAGGAGCAAACAAAACACAUCCUCCUCAAUUCCUCCCGAACGUGUUUCUUCUGCUUCUACUAUGACAGUUCUGGAGCAAAGACACUGAUGAAACGAUACUCAUUGAUGAAAAGAAUAUGUUUCUGACUUUCAAAUCCUCUUUCCCGGUGAAAGAAACAGCAAACAUUCAAGCUUCAGCAUCUGUUCUCCCAUUGCACUGAGGAAUGUCCUGUCUGGCAGCACCAACUCUGCAGAGCCCUUGUUCCUGAACUCCUUUGGUUUUAUUUAUAUGUAUUUCCAUAUCUCAUUCCUGUACGUCCCUGCUGCACUGGUGUGGCAGCAAAUGACUGAAGGCUACAGGUUUUACCAUGGACACCAGAUCAGGUGCCACCACGCAGAACAAAGCCAGUGUCCGUGAGCUGCCUAUGAUAUGCAUUGCUGAAGCAACGUUAUACCCAGGGUGUGCCAUCACAGUGAUAUAAAUAUAUUUUUUUCCUAGACUAA